GAAGGCCAUAGCAGGCCCAUCCUUUCUAUCGCCAGGCCCGAUCUGCCGUCCCCAUUAUCCUCCAAAGCAUGCCACCCAUCCGCUAAGCGGCCACCAAGGCCUAUAUAACGCGGUCGUCGCAACCUCAUGCCCCGAGUCCCCACCGCCUGAGCCGCCGCUCGACCAUCCUCAAGUCCCAACGUCCCUAUUUCACGCCACUAACGACAUGUCUGUAUCGAUAGAGAUUCAGCCUCACUCGGCCUCGCUGGACAUGUACGGCGAGCCGGACAAGUCCACCGCGUAUUCGCUUUCCGGAGACAUUGUCAUCUCCGUAUCUUCUCCCUUCUCUUUCUUUGAACGCCGCAAACCCGUCCGGAUCGUCCUGCAGUCUCUCACCGUUGAGUUUGAGGGCCAGUGUGAGCUGAUCACCGACGACACCGGGUACACCCCCUUCCGCAUCUGCAGUCUCUCGAAUGAGCUCCUCGUAGGCCAGACCAUCGAGCUGAGCAACGAAGGGCACGAAGAGGACGACAAGCCCUGUGUCUGGAAGGUCGCAUACAACAUGGUGAUCCCUGGCUGGCUUCCGGCAACCGCAACCUACGGCAACCACCCGAGCGAGGCCGGCACGCGCUAUGCGCUCUACGCGUCUGCGACGUUCCUCACUGUCGACGACGACGCAAAUCGCUCCUGGUUCUCUGCAUGCUGCUCGUCCUUCCGCUCGCGCUCGCGUGUCAUCUCCGCGCCGAGGUGCCACAUCACCGUGAACCGCUUUGUCAGUGUCUCCGCGGAGGACACUGGUUCUACUGUCGACUAUGCUGUCCAAGCUGAGCCUCGGAGCGACAUAGAACACACGUCCAAGUUUCCUGCUCAUGUUAUGUCGAAGCUUCGCGCAGUCAUCUCAGUCCCGACCCAUAUCGACGUCGAGGAUACUUCCUUCCCUCUAUGUAUGCGUCUCCGUAUGCAGGACCUGCCGGAAGCCGAUUGCAAACGCGUUCGCCUGACCGACUUCACUGUCGAUGUCGAGCAAACCGAACAGUGCCGAUCGUCGCCGUCUUCGCUCUACAAGUCCAUCUUUCCUCUCCCUUCUUCCUCCGAACAGCCUCCACGCAGACCUCUCCGCGACCCUCACCCCGCCCAAACGCUCUACGACGUCGGACUGGCCGUCAUCCCCCCGCCGCGCCACAGCCUUACCCACACCCUGUCGCUCCUGCCCAAGAACUCCAUCUGCCAAUACGUCCUUGCGGGCGACGGCUGUGUCUUCAAGGGUGACGCCGCGCCCGAGAACAACGCGACGUGGUUCUCCCUCCGCACGUGCAUCCCGGUCGACAGCGCGCGCAAGAGCGCGAAGACCGGCACGCGUCGGCUGCGGGAGACGGGGAUGAGCCCGCUCUUCGUCGUGAGCCACCGGCUGCAGGUGAAGAUGACGUGCACGUACGACUUGACGGAGGAGGGCUCGGAGCCUGAGCGCGCGACGGAGGUGCUCGAGUUCAGCAUCCCGCUGCGCUUCGCACGCGUGCGGCGCGACUCGCCGUCGCCGACGGCGCUGGCGUAUAUCUCUGGGCAUGCGCAAGCGUUCUCGACGGACGCGGUCAGGCCCCAGGGUGCACUCGCCGCUGCGCUGUUCCCGAAGGCGAGCCUUCCCUACGUGCAGACACUUCCGGCGUACUCGCAGUUGUUCGACGCGAACGGGGAUCGCAAGAUUGACUAUUCGGUGCCCCUCCCGGCAUAUAGCCCGCGAUCGUCUUCGAGCUCCUUCUCCUCACCGGCUUCUUCUGUGACAAGCUUGGACAUGCUGCUUCCUUCAAGCUCCUCGAGCGAAGAUAUACUGGGCCUCCCGGAAGCAGCGCUUCCUGGGUAUUCCCCGGUAUGAUUCUGCUGUAUCAUAUGCUCCGGCUGGUUCCCCCUCUCCGCAUUCUCGACUGUAUAAUUCGACAUUCGACCUCAUGCCUCUCGUUGCUCGUUCCGUCCCUCUAUCGCUUUCGGAUUAUCAUCACUGCUUUCGAUGCGCUAGCGCCUCUGCCUUUCCAUUACAGUCAUACCCCCGACUCUGUGUAGCAUUUCCCUGCCUUGAUGUACCCUGUAGCCAUACUUGCCCAAUUGCAUGACCGAGAUGACUUUUGCAUUCCAGUGCACCCAAUUAUCCGUGUGACAUAACCUCUACUACUGUAUAAUCGUACAAAGGUGAGUCCUCCGUUAGACCACGACAUUCAUCUGAGUUGUAUCCUGUCCAAUACU